GUUUAUACGGAGUUUAACUCAUGUCAUGGAUUCGGUUUUUGUUUUGGAACUAAAUCGUUUUCAAGAAUAGUUCCUAGAUAUGUUACUAAAUAAUGGACAAUCUUCAAACGAAUCUGACAGUUUUGUAUUGAAUCGUGGCGUCGGAUUACCCAGUUGACAUGAGUCGGUAGAGCACACAGGGCUGAUGUCCAUCUUCCCCUGACAAUUAAUGCCAGCAGAUUGGGUUACAAUGUUGUGUAACAAGACAUUAGAUUUCCAUGACGUCUUUGGACAGUCCAGCCUCUGUGGUCAGCGCCUAGCCAGUCCGUGGAUGGAUGCUUCUGAUGAUGACAGGUAUAACGUAGACAGGGUUACGAGCUUGACUGCUCACCUCCAACGCACCAGCUGAUGUUUUGUCUGUCUUUGCCUGAGGAAGUUUUCUAGUCUGCUAAGCAGAAAUCAGUUUAAUUUGGCUUGACUAAAUCACAAGAUUGGUUACAGUCUUAUUGUAUAUGCAGAAAUAUAAAGUUGAACUUAACUUUGAUGUUAUUCAGAUAUUGGUCAUUAAUGUUUGAAGCCAGAUUCCAUAGUACUGAAUCGGUAAUUAUUUUGAAAAGUUUGGGGGGUUUUCAAAGAAGCAAGAUAAUUUAUGUUUUGAAACAAAAACUCUGUACCAUCAUUAAGUGGGAAAAGUAAACCACAAGUGAUGAAAUGUUUUAGUAAGAACCACAAAACCAGAUUCUUAAAAUGAAAUACUUAUGGAUCUGCAAGGUUUAGCUAGAUGUUAGCUCUGAAAUAUGUAGUUCAUCUAUCGGCUAAUACUAUUUUGCCAAAAGUUUUAUAUGCGUUUUAUACGGUUUGAAUGGUGAAAAGAACUAUUUUAACAAUGUGUAUGAGAUCUGCAAUGAGGAAGAAGUUCUAUUUCACUGUGUUCCUCUGUUUCAUGGUGAUGUCGUUUGUGUACUUUUUGUUGCCAUGCAACAACACUUCCCAUGUGUUCAUGGUCCCGAGGGACCCCGUCAAGUACAUCUACGAUGAUCAGAAUCAGGCCAUUCCAUACGAUGCAAACAUGGACAUCGUCUUCAUUGGCGGGAUGCCGCGAAGCGGGACCACAUUGAUGCGGGCCAUGAUCGACGCUCACCCUGACGUGCGGUGUGGCGAGGAAACGCGCGUGAUUCCGAGGAUUCUGGGAAUGAGAACGCAGUGGGAGAAAUCAAGCACGGAGAAGAAGCGCCUGCUCGAGGCAGGCGUCACUGGGGACGUCAUAGACUCGGCAGUCCGGUCCUUCAUUCUCGAAAUCAUUGCCAAACAUGGCGAAGCAGCCCCCAGACUGUGCAAUAAAGACCCGUUCUCGCUCAAGUCGGCCAUAUAUCUGAGUAGGCUGUUUCCAAAUGCAAAGUUCUUACUGUUGGUACGCGAUGGGCGCGCCGUUGUUCAUUCCAUAAUAACGAGGAAAGUGACCAUCUCUGGCUUCGACAUCAAGAGUUACCGGAAGUGCUUGCAGAAGUGGAACACAGCGGUGGAGUCGAUGUAUGGACAGUGUCUGCGGGUGGGGCAGUACCGGUGCAUGCCCGUGUAUUACGAACAGCUCGUCCUGCACCCCGAGCUCUGGAUGAGGAGGAUUCUGCAGUUUCUCAACCUGCCGUGGAACCAGUCCGUACUUCAUCACGAAGAAUUCAUCGGCAAGAAAGGAGGGAUAUCUUUAUCACGGACUGAGAAAUCCACCGACCAGGUGAUCAAGCCUGUGAACAUGCAAGCCCUGUCCAAGUGGGUGGGACACAUUCCAGCGGAUGUCAUCAAGGAUAUGGCCACCGUCGCUCCCAUGCUGCAGGUGCUGGGCUACGACCCAGAUGCAAACCCGCCAAACUACGGAAAUCCAGACCCAGAGGUGGCAGACAAUACUCUCCAUGUGCAAAAAAACCAGGACUUCUGGCAGAAACGGGAGAGAGAUAUUUUCGAUAAGUUGCCCGACAAUCGAUCAGUAGGUGCCAAGCCACUGCAUCUACCAGCAGGUGUGAGUAACAAGACAACGCACCACUGACGAAAGAUGCGUCCCACUGACGAAGGUGAAUCCCACUGACGAAGGUGCAUCCUACUGACAAAAGGUGUGUCCCACUGAUGAAUGUGCAUCCCACUGAUGAAGGUGCGUCCCACUGAUGAAGGUGUGUCACACUGACGAAGGUGUGUCCCAUGUGGUUAAGCAGUUUGACUUUUAAAUGUGUCCCGUUCUUCAGAGAUGUUUCUAUUUUUGUGCAAGAAUGAAAAAAAAAAAAAAAGUCUUAUAAAAUACUACAAAGAUAUAAUAUAUUUGUUGCUUGCUGGUAGGAGUUGAAAAUGAACAGCAUAUCCAUGUGUAAAUAUUGGCAAAUGUGAUCCACAUCAUUUGAAGAUUUCAAAAUGGCACCAUAUGUCAUUUUGGAAUCAGAGUAAUUAAUAUCUUCUCCAUUUUUUUGUUUUUUGUAUGUAUGUUCAUAAAGGUACACAGAUGUAUCAUAAAUAUUAGUGCCAAAUAUAUAAUUUACAUGUAUGAUGGUUAUUUAAAUUAGCCUGUUGUCAUGACUACAGAUGUUUUACUGAGUAUUUUAAGAGUGGGAAGUUAAAAGACAUUUUUGUGAAGAUACGUAUGUUCAGCAGGACUGACACUGUCCAAAUUAUGUUAUGACAAUAACAAGGGUUCUGUGUGUUUUUCAAGCCCUGCUAUUGAAACAUUGUGUGUAUCUUCUUUUCAGAACAGAUUGGAGAAUAAUGCUCUUUUCAUUCAAAUUAGUUUCAUAUCACAUUUUUAUAGCAAAUGUUUUUGUUUUUUUAUAGCAGACUGAAAAACAGUCUUAUUAAUCUAAUUAGAAAAAACCCCAACAUUUUACUCAAUUUUUAAAAAAGCAGUAGAAAAGUGAUGUGUGAAACUGAUAGAAAAAAUGUGUAUUUUAUGAAAAUAAAUGCAUCUUUUCUUUUGAAGCAACACAUUAUUUUCUUUCAAAAUAUCAAAUGUUUAACACAUGAUACUGCAUACACAAUGUAUAUAUUUGUUAAUGGGUUUUUACAAUAUGUCCUGGCUUUUGUCAUUUUGUAGAUGGUUUUUGCUUGAUUGAUUAUCAAAAACUCCGAUGUCAAGUUUGAUAUUUCAUGAAUGAGUGGCUGAAAUAUCAUCUACAAAUGAAUAAAUCCAGAAAGGUUUUCUUUUGCAAAUAGCAUUUGUCAGUAUUUUGCUCCAUUGAUGAGAUUUUAGUGUAAAGUUACUCCUGCCAAUUUACUUAGUAGUCAUUUUACUGAAUCAUUGAUCAUAUUUUGCGCUGAACUAUUCUUCCAGUGCAGUCAUCAUCUUUUUUUGUUUGUUUUUCUUCACAUCCGUCAUUAAGUAAACGUUUUCCUACUAAUUGCUGUAUCGUUAAUCAAUUCUGUGUCAUAGGUGUUAAUGAUUGUGUAUUAUUAGCAACACUGGGUAGAUGUUAAUGAGUUUGUAUUAUUAGUAAAAUUCGGUAGGUGUUAAAGUAAAUGAUUCUGAACUAACACCAGGUUAGUAGCUUGUGGUAUGAACAGUUGGAUUUAGUUGUGCGAUGCCUAAAUAGUCAUUUCAAAGGGUGGGCAAGAAUGAAAACAACACUUUUAAGAAUAAAAAUUACACGUUUUACACGUAUGUAACUAUAUACAUUUACUUUUGCUUAAACACCCGCGUCUAAGAAAGACGGGCUUCGUAAAUUCGGCCCCUAAAAUGUAGACUCACAACUCUAACAGAGUCUGAGACAUGCGUGUGACAUCAUUAGAAAUUGAGUCUAGACUUUAAUAGUUUUGUAAGCAUGGGCUCAUGCAGGACAGUUUUGUUGUCUAUAUAAUCACCAGAUUGCACUACAGUUUUUAAUUUAAUAAUUUUCACCAUGUACAUUGGCUUUGGAAGUCGUAAAAAUAAAUUGGAAGAAGCUGUGAAAAACCCUUAGAUGUACAUGCAUCAAUAAAUAGUUGAGGAAUUUAAUUCUGAAUUGAGGCAAUAUGGAAAUUGGUAAUAGUCUUCCAUUGACAAACUCUUGUUCAUGUUUAUAAUCUACUGAUGUAGAGGCACUGCCAUAAUGGUGAUAGGAAAUCAUAUUUUAUCAUAAUGCUGUUAUUGAUAUUUUAAAUAAUUCCACUUUCUAGAGAGAUGAUGCUUCAUGUAAUAUUUAAGACUGUUUUACAAACAUGUAUCGUAAAGAAACACUUGCCAAAUAUGAUUUACAAUUAGUACUCGUGUAAUUCCCAUUUAAUUUAUAAAAUGCUUGUCCAGUAUAUAUGCAAAUCAUAUAAAACAUGUCAUUGUUAUCACUGCCAUCAUAGCUUAAACAAACAUUCUGAGAGUACUGCUAAAGCAUAGUAUAGUUCUGCUACUGAGUCCCAACAAAUUUUUAUAUCUCCUAAGUUCAAGAACAAUAACUCUGUCAGAAAUGGGCAAAUCCCCAUGAAAGUCAAACUGUUAUCUGUACAUGAUUUCCAUAACUUAAGUUUAAUAUGCCUAUUGUUUGUAGUUUCAACAUAUUUGUUAAUAAUAAGCAAUCAAUGUCUGUAGAAUAAGAAAAUCUUUGGUUUUCAAAUCCAGUCCGCUUGAAUGUUACGGUUGGUAUUUUGGAAUCAUUGGGUGGAGGACAGGGAAUAAAUUAAUGUUUGCUAGCACCCAGCACAUUGAAAUAAUAAAUAAUUUCACAUUUUUGUAUUCAUAUGUGGUUACUUAUUUGCUUUCUAUGCAGUGGAAAUGGAACAACAGAUUUAAAAAAAAAAAAAUUCCUUUAAAGUUUUUAAUUAAACUGCAAGAAGUAUUUUGUAAACAUCUCCCACGGACCAGCUAGUAAAUACUGUAGUACAUGACAGUGUAUAUAGGCUGAAUGGGACAAAAAGAUAUAAAAAUGUUUACAUUUCUUUAAUAUGUCAUGUUCUGGCAUUUCAUUUUCAAGAUCAAAAUUGUUAGUUGUAGAUAUAUAUCAAAAGACUAUGCUGUCUAAAUAAUGUGAAUGUAUGCAUUUCUCUUUGAUAAUGUCAGCUGUUAAUAUACUGUGUCAUGAUUUUAGUUUGUUUUCGCAGGGAAAUAUUUGUUUGUUAAUGUAUACUGAGAUAAAAAAAAUUUUUUUUUUAGCAGUUUUAUAAAUGUGCUUAAAUGAAAGUAAAAUCAGACACAGGAUUCAAUUGCAUCAUUUGUCAGUAUAAGUAACAGGAGAUUUUCAUUACAAAAUGAAAUGCAUUACUGCAUGUCACAUCAUUGAAUGUAGGUUGUAAGUUGUAAAGAACAAUGGCAGAAGUACUACCAAACUUGUAAACUUUUUUGUUGUAGUAUAUAGGUAAUGUAUUUCACAUGGAAUAAAUAAAAAAUGUUAUAUUAAAUUUUUGUACAAAAUAAUUAAAUAUGUAUUGUAAUUAAUGAUCUCAAACUACAUUGUACAUGCAGUUAAUUGUCCAAAUUAUUUCCGAUAUAAAGUACCGUAGUCAUUUUAAAAAUGUUUUAGAUGCUGUUAGAUGUAGAAUUGAGUAUAUUGCAUAAUGGUGUAGCAGAAAUAAAAAAAAGGCUUUGAUAUAAAAACUAUUUUUUAGUUCAAUCAGCUGGUAAAAAGGUGCCAGAAAGCUGUGCUAAAAAAACCCAUCUAGUGCACGUCCCUUGACAGUAAUGUGCCCUUUUUAUUGGUUAAUUGGUCUCAUUGAUUAGGAAGGAAAUGGCCGCUGCUACCUGUUGCUUACAUAAUUCUGUAUUAUGUGAUAUCACGUAAUGUGUGCUGCAUGCAUUUCUUCUCAUGACGUAAUACAUGUAAUAUAUCAGCAGAGAGGAGUCAUGAUGUCACGCUACCAAAAUAAAAUGCAGCAAAUGUUAUUAUAAUUAUAAUUAAAACUUUUGUUAUAAUUAUACUAAAAUUAUAAGACUUGAUUGAACUAGAAAAUAUUUUUGGCACUCAUCCUUUUGUAGAUGGUUUUUCUGACACUCGUCUCAAGAAAGUCAAUGAAUUUUUUACGACUCAUGUCAGAAAAAACAUCUACAAAAGGACUCAUACCAUAAACUUAUUAUGGUACUGUUAGAUAAUUAUCCUAGUAUUCCUACACCUACUUAGGGGGGAACACUCAACUUAGCACAAUCAUUAAUUAUAUUACUUGUAACUAAAAUUAAAUGUUACUUAAACAGCAGGGGCUUAAUUCACUAAACUCUCGCAACUUUGCGAUCUCACGGUGCAAUGCUAAAAGACUUGCAAAGAGGAUGCUUUGUUGUCUAACAGAGCCUAAGAGACCUUUGUGAAUUAGGCCCCUGGUUACAAUCCUUUAGGAUAUUUUCACAUCUGAAGAGAGGUUUGGGCACACUUGCUUAAAACAUCUUUGACACUUUUUUCAAAUACGGAGUCUGAAAGUUACAUUUGUAUAUGUCUACAUUAACACUGUACAGAUACACCUGUUUGAAAACAUUGGUUUAAGACUUAGAAAGUGUUAGUUAGUUUUACCUAUUACUGUUGGUCAUAAUUUAGUACUUCUUAAAAACACACCCAGUCAUAUUUACAUUGUAUUUUACAGCAUACGGUGAUUACCAUUCUGGCGUCACAUAAAUGAAACUGAUCUGAUAUAAUAUGACAAAUGUAACAACUUUAAAAAAAAUAAUAAAGCAUUUACAUUCUACUUAAAAUACUGCUAUAAACAUAUUGCUGCAUUAUUUCAUGUUAUCAGUCUUAUUUAAGUUCCUUGUAGCCAAUGGGAAAAUGUAGCAGUUUUCCUGUCAAGACUCUGUUUGACAUCCAAUAGGUGAAAAACAAAAAGUCACCACGUAGAGCACAUUGAUUUAUUAAUGAUCGGUAAUUGGAUGUCAACCAUUUGG